AACAUAACAACAACCUAGAGGUCACAUGUCAACCGAUAAGGAAGUUCAAGACACCAUGCAAAAAUAAUGUUUUUUAAGUUUUUGAAAGCCCCAUCUUUGGCAUUUUAAUAGAGAAAAAAAGUAAGAAAAAUAACAGUCAUCUCCCUCCCCACUCAAUUUCAUAAACAAAUCCUAAAAAACACAUCUAAAAUUUCCCCACUCUCUCUCACAUAAUGGCCUAGCUGUUCUUGGAUCCGGAGAUUCUGGCAACUUUUCCAUAAUUUUAUAUGUCACCUACAUAAAAUCCAUUAGUCUACAAGACAUGAUUUGGUUUCUCUCUCUUUGUCCCUCCUCCCUAGGCUUAAACCUCUACACCAAAACCAAGAACAACAAUAACAAGGCUUCUUUUCUGUGCCUAAUCUUGAAGUUUGUAGCAACAGCCACAUACUUGUUCUAAUGCCUGUUUAUCCAUGGACCCUUUUCUUCUUUUUCUCCUUUUUCUUUACUUCUUCCUUUGCCCUCAACCCACAAGGCCAAGCUCUUCUCUCUUGGAAAACAAGCCUAAAUGGAUCAUUAGAUGUGUUAAGUAAUUGGGAUCCUACUGAUGAAACUCCAUGUGGCUGGUUUGGUCUCACUUGCAACUUCAAUAAAGAAGUUGUUGAAUUGGAAUUGAAGUAUGUGGAUUUACUUGGGAUUGUUCCUACAAAUUUUAGCUCAUUGUUGUCCUUGAACAAACUUGUUUUGUCAGGGACAAAUCUUACUGGUACAAUUCCAAAAGAGAUUGGCUUGCUUCAGGGACUCAAGUUCUUGGACUUGAGUGACAAUGCAUUGACAGGUGAAAUCCCAAGUGAAAUUUUUCACUUGCCAAAGCUGGAACAACUUCAUAUCAAUUCCAACAGGCUAGUCGGAUCCAUCCCCAACGACAUUGGUGAACUCAAAAGCUUGAUGAGGUUGAUAUUCUAUGAUAAUCAGCUAAGUGGGGGGAUUCCAAGUAGUAUUGGAAAUUUGAAAAAGCUUGAGAUCAUUAGAGGAGGUGGAAACAAGAAUCUUGAAGGUUCACUCCCUCAAGAAAUUGGCAACUGUACUAAUUUGGUCAUGUUAGGCUUGGCAGAAACCAGCAUUUCAGGUUUUCUCCCUUCUUCCCUUGGCCAGCUGAAAAAACUCGAAACACUUGCCGUUUACACCUCCUUACUAUCCGGUCAAAUCCCACCGGAGCUCGGGGAUUGCUCCAAGCUCCAAAACAUCUAUCUUUACGAAAAUUCACUCACUGGUUCAAUCCCAGCUCGACUCGGAAACCUCAAAAACCUUCAAAACCUCCUUUUAUGGCAGAAUAAUUUAGUCGGAACGAUCCCUCCCGAGCUUGGAAACUGUCAACAACUACAAGUCAUUGACAUUUCAAUGAAUUCAUUAACCGGAAGCAUCCCCGAAUCAUUCGGGAGAUUGAAUUCAUUGCAAGAGUUACAACUGAGUGUGAACCAGAUUUCGGGUCGAAUCCCAUCACAAAUAGGUAACUGCACUGCUCUUACUCACAUUGAGCUAGACAACAAUGAGAUCACAGGUUCCAUACCAUCCGAAUUCGGAAACUUAUCGAAUUUAACUUUGCUAUUCUUGUGGCAAAAUCGCCUCGAAGGAGAAAUCCCUUCUUCAAUUUCCUAUUGCCAUAAUCUCGAAGCCGUUGACCUGUCACAAAAUACGUUGACUGGUCCAAUUCCUAAAGGUAUAUUCAACCUUCAGAAGCUCAACAAGCUACUCCUGUUAACUAACAAUCUCUCUGGUCCUAUUCCACCAGAGAUAGGGAACUGUUCUUCGCUUAUUCGAUUUCGGGCAAGCGAUAACAAGCUGACCGGGUCAGUACCGUUGGAAAUUGGGAAAUUGAAGAAUUUGAAUUUUCUCGACCUGGGAUCGAAUCACCUCACCGGAAUCAUUCCACCGGAGAUCUCUGGUUGCCGGAAUCUCACCUUUGUAGACUUGCAUUCCAACUCCAUUAACGGCAAUUUACCGGAGAAUUUGAAUCAACUUGGCAUCCUUCAGUUCAUUGAUGUUUCUGAUAAUUUAAUUGAAGGCACUUUGAAUCCGAGUCUCGGUUCGCUGAGUUCACUCACCAAACUUGUUCUAAGUAAGAACAGGUUAUCUGGUAAUAUCCCAAGUCAACUCGGUUCAUGUAUGAAGCUUCAGUUGGUUGACUUGAGUGGUAAUCAACUCUCUGGCGAGAUUCCGGCGAGUGUUGGUAAAAUUCCAGGUCUGGAAAUUGCACUGAAUCUCAGCUGGAAUCAACUUUCCGGUGAAAUUCCAGCAGAGUUCGCUGAUUUGGACAAGCUUGGAGUGCUAGAUCUUUCUCAUAAUAUGCUUUCAGGUGACCUCCAUUUUCUCGCAGAUCUACAAAAUCUCGUGGUUUUGAAUGUCUCGCACAACAAUUUAUCGGGCCACGUGCCUGACACGUCAUUCUUCGCGAAGCUCCCACUCAGUGUACUUGCUGGCAAUCCAGAGCUAUGCUUCUCAGGCAACCAGUGCUCGGCCGAUAAGGGCGGCGCUGUGAGGCGGAGCAAGGCGGCGAGGGUGGCGAUGGUGGUGUUGCUUUGCACUGCUUGUGCUCUCCUUCUGGCAGCUCUCUACAUCAUCUUCGGUGGCAAGAUACGGAACCGUAAGGCCCAUGAUUAUGAUCUAGAUGGCGAUAAUGACAUGGAACUGGGCCCACCUUGGGAGGUUACAGUGUACCAAAAACUCGACUUAUCGAUUGCUGACGUGGCAAAAUGUUUGAUAGUUAGUAAUGUUCUUGGCCGAGGUCGGUCCGGGGUCGUGUACAAGGUGAAUAUACCGUCAGGAUUGACAAUUGCUGUUAAAAGAUUUCGAGCAUCGGAGAAGCAUUCGAUGUCUGCAUUUUCGUCCGAGAUUGCCACGUUGGCACGAAUUCGACAUCGGAACAUUGUUAGGUUACUUGGUUGGGCAGCUAAUAGGAAGACUAAGUUGUUGUUUUACGAUUAUUUACCAAAUGGUACAUUAGGUGCAUUUUUACAUGAAAGCUGUGGAGGGUUAAUUGAGUGGGAAACUAGAUUCAAGAUUGCAUUAGGGGUGGCUGAGGGGUUAGCUUACUUGCACCACGACUGCGUCCCGCCUAUCCUCCACCGCGACGUGAAGGCUCAAAACAUUCUGUUAGGUGAUCGUUACGAGCCAUGUUUAGCUGAUUUUGGACUUGCUAGACUCAUGGAGGAGGACAAUGCUUCAAUUUCAGCAAAUCCCCAAUUUGCUGGAUCUUAUGGCUACUUUGCCCCAGAGUACGCUUGUAUGCUAAAGAUUACGGAGAAGAGCGAUGUUUUUAGCUUUGGAGUUGUGUUGCUAGAAAUCAUUACCGGGAAAAAGCCAGCCGACCCGUCCUUCCCUGAUGGCCAACAUGUUAUACAAUGGGUUCGUGACCACCUAAAGAGCAAGAAAGAUCCGGUUGAUGUGAUCGAUCCGAGGUUACAAGGACAUCCUGAUACACAAAUUCAAGAAAUGCUUCAAGCCCUUGGAAUAGCCUUGUUGUGUACUAGUAAUCGGGCUGAAGAUCGGCCAACAAUGAAGGAUGUGGUGGCAUUACUGAAGGAGAUUAUCCAUGAGCAUACAACAGGAAAUGAAGCUAAAAAGACAUCGAACAACUCAAAAAUGUCCGAUACUUCAUCGUAUUCCUACUCGUCUACGUCUGUGACUCCAGCCCAGUUGCUACGCCUACAAGGGUCGUUUAAUUGCUCUCUUACUCACUCAUCUUCCUCUGUUAGCUGUAACACCGGGGACCAACAAUAAAGUAGUGUUAGUCAUGAUAGAUCUGUUAUUCUUGUGAACUAGAUAGAAUUAGCAAUGUAAAGAAUGUAGAGUGAGCAUUCUGGUCAAUUUAAUUGUUAAGCAAAUGAAAUCCAUUGUAUAGCAAAGCCAAAAUUUUCUUUAUCCUCCUA